GAAAUCCACCACAGCUCCUGAUGAGCAGCAUUUCUUUUUCUUCAGCUUACUUGUUCUUUAUAUUCUUGUGUUGAGGUGUUCUUUUUUAGGUUUCUCUUUGCUCCAUUAACCAUUCAAGCUAACCACCAUCAAUAAUGUCAGGAAAAUUCACUCCAAAAGUUCCUGUUAAGUUAGAGAAACCAAAAGAUGAUCCCUUUACUUCCAAAGACUUGUUAAAAUUCGACGGAAUUCAAUCUGAUAAGAUCUAUGUUGCAAUUAAAAGAGUAGUAUUUGAUGUUUCUAAAAACCCUAAGGCCUAUGGCUCAGGAAAGGGAUAUCAUUGUUUUGUUGGAAAGGAUGCCUCAAGAGGUUUAGGUAAAUCCUCAUUAUCUGCUGAAGAUAAUGAUCCUAAAAUUAGUUAUAAGUUUGAUGAUUUAAAUGAAAAGGAAACAAAAGUUUUAAAUGAUUGGUACACUUAUUUUGAAAAAAGGUAUAAUAUAGUUGGAAAAGUUAUUGAUCUUGAUUAGAUAAAAAAGAAUGAAAACACAAAACAAAAAAGACAAAAAAAAGACAAUAAAA